AUGGCAUCUUCAGUUCCAGGCCCAAGACCACUUCCAGAAUCUCGUUAUGAUCUGUCUACUUAUUGGGGCAGAAUUCGUCAUUGUGCAGAAAUAUCAGAUCCUUCGAUGCUAUUGACUACAUCCAAAGAUUUGGACGCUGCCCGCCAAGUCAUUAAAGCUUACCGUAAUCAUGAGAUCGAGGCACCUACCCCAGCUUUCUGGAAGGCUAAGAAACAAUUGGAUUCAACAGUCCAUCCAGAUACAGGAGAGACAGUAUUACUACCGUUCCGUAUGUCAUGUUGUGUUUUAUCCAACCUAGUGGUUACUGCUGGUAUGUUAACGCCAGGUUUAGGAACCGCAGGUACUAUCUUCUGGCAAUGGGCCAACCAAUCAUUGAAUGUCGCAGUCAAUUCUGCUAACGCUAACAAAUCCCAUAGAUUGACUACUACUCAAUUAGUGACCAAUUAUUCGGCUGCUGUCAUUGCCUCCUGUGGUGUUGCCAUGGGUUUAAAUGGGCUGGUUCCUAAAUUGACAAAUAUCUCCGCAAAUACAAGAUUGAUCUUAGGUAGACUUGUUCCCUUUGCAGCUGUGGUAUCUGCUGGUAUUGUCAAUGUGUUCUUAAUGAGAGGUAAUGAAAUUCGUAAAGGUAUUGCUAUUUCCGAUGAAAAUGGUGAUGUUAUUGGUAACUCCAAGAAAGCCGCUUUAAUUGCUGUUGGUGAAACAGCUUUAAGUCGGAUCAUCAAUGCUACUCCGAUCAUGGUCAUUCCACCAUUGGUUUUGGUUAAGCUACAAAAAGGUUUAUUAAAGGGAAAAUCUAUGGGUAUUCAAACUGCUGUUAACAUUGGUGUGAUCGCGGUGACCUCAUUUGCAGUUCUACCUGCUGCCCUUGGUGUCUUCCCGCAGAGACAAAGCAUCAGUGUUGAUAAACUUGAACCUGAAUUUCACAGAGCUAAGGAUAGAGAUGGUAAACCAAUCACCAAAGUAUAUUUCAAUAGGGGUAUAUAA